AUGGAAAUGUAUUUAAUAUUUGCAAUUAUUUUUUAUUUUAUUUUGUUUCUGUUGACUCUUAAGUUUUUGCGUUUGAACGGAUUUAAUGAAUUGAACGACAUUUUUUGGGACAUUCGAAAUGGAAAGUCAGUACUCUCUGCAUUAUUUCGGGUCGAUACAACUUCUCCGCGACAUGGAGGUGAACUAGUUGCUGACGUUCUCAAAGCACAUGACGUCAAAGAAGUAUUUACUUUAUGUGGUGGACAUAUUUCUCCAAUUUUAGUUUCAUGUGAGAAUCUCGGAAUUAAAGUUUAUGAUACUCGUCACGAAGUCAAUGCAGUUUUUGCAGCAGAUUGUGUUGCCCGCCUCCGUCAAAAUAUUGGUGUAGCUAUAGUUACUGCUGGGCCAGUUACAAAUAGCAUUACUGGACUAAAGAAUGCACAAAUGGCUGAAUCUCCUUUGCUUUUAAUUGGCGGGGCAGCUCCUACUUUGUUAAGAGGACGUGGAGCGUUACAAGAUAUUAACCAGCAAGUUCUCAUCAAACCUUUAUGUAAAUUCUCUACACGGGUUCGUGCUGUUUCAAAAUCUGAUACACCCGGUCCAGUAUUUGUUGAACUUCCAAUUGAUGUUCUCUAUCCUUAUAGUAUUGUUGAAAAGGAAAUUGGCUUUUCUAAAAAUCCAAAAGGAUCAAAGCAAAUUUUGGAAUUCUUUCUUCGUGCCUAUAUUUCUUGGGUAUUUGGUGCUGCUUGGAGACCUCAACCAACGACUCCACUUUCUAUUAACACUCCAAUGUGUAAACAAUCACAAAUAAAUUCUUUAAUUAAUUUACUUUCUUCCUCUCAAAGACCACUGAUUUUAUUGGGUUCACAAGCUGUUUGUCCUCCUAUAGAGUUAAAUAUCCUUGCAGAAGCUACAUUAGGAAUGCCUGUUUAUUUGGGUGGAAUGUCGAGAGGCUUAUUGGGAGCUAAUUCUUCUCUUCAAAUGGUCCAUAAUCGUAAAGAAGCAUUAAAAAAUGCUGAUUUGAUUAUAUUAGCUGGUUUAUUAUAUAAAUUGUUAAAAAUAUUCUUUUUUCGUUUUUUAGGAGCAGUUUGUGAUUUUAGAUUAAGUUAUGGAAGAAUUUUGAGUCCAAAAGCUAAAAUUGUUAAUCAUGGACUUUUCUGGCGUUCCACUCUAGCUAUUCAAGCAGAUGUUGCUUCAACAAUUGUUCAAUUAUCUAAUCAUUUUUCAUUUAAAAAUGAUGAUUUAGCUGCUUGGUUUGAUCAACUAAAUGAAAAUGAACGUUUAAAGGAAGAAAAUAACUGUAAAAAAGCUUUGGAAAAAUGUAAAGAUGGAAAAUUAAAUCCUUUGUUGUUACUACAAGCUUUGCAAAAUGUGUUAAAUGAUGAUACUAUUCUUGUGGCAGAUGGGGGUGAUUUUGUUGGGAGUGCUGCUUAUAUGUUACGACCUAGAGGACCUCUACAAUGGCUCGAUCCCGGUGCAUUUGGUACUUUAGGAGUUGGAGGCGGUUUUGCUCUUGGUGCUAAAGCUGUGUAUCCAGACAAGCCUGUACUUAUUUUGUUUGGAGACGGGGCUUGUGGAUUUUCUUUAAUGGAAUUUGAUACUUUUGUACGUCAUCGGCUUCCAAUUUCUGCUAUAAUUGGUAAUGAUGCUUGUUGGUCACAAAUUGCAAGAGAUCAGAUUCCAUGGUUUAAUUCAAUUGUAGGAUGCGAACUUGCGUUUACAAACUAUGAAAAAGUUGGUGAAGGACUUGGGGCUAACGGAGCAAUUAUUGAAGAUGGAAAUAUUAACGAAAUUGAACAAAAAUUAAGACAAUUAUUAAAUUUGGGAAAUUCAAAGCCAACUAUUAUAAAUGCAAUUAUUGGAAAGACAAAUUUUCGUGAAGGAAGUAUUAGUGUUUAA